AUGGCUGCACAGUCCGGCAAGCCUGUACAGGCGCCAAAAUCCACCACCUCGCCUGCGAGUACCGCCUCAGUUCGACUCGAAAAGACACACCCUGGCGUUCGUCGCUCUACUCCUGACUCAGAGGCUUUGGCAUCCUCUGACGACGAUGGAGACCAUUCACAGCUGACUCACCAAUUUGCGAGCAUGCCGGCCCCCAAACCUGCUCGUCGCACAUCGUGGCUCAACGAAGUCCCCACCAACAUCCAACGAAAGAGCUCCUUGACUUCAGGACUUCCUCUGUCAUCUGGUGCCUCUAACCCAACCAGUCCCGCAACUGACCAGUCAGCUUGGGCAGCGGCCUCAACCCCUGGGAUGGGCGGCCCUAUGUCUUGGAACAAUAUUGGAAACAGCUCGUUUUCUUGGGGAGGAAAUGGGAUUUGGAAUACCGAAUCUCGUAAAGAGCCACCUCCUCGGCUCUCAGAAAUCGUGCCAUCUCCCACCAUGUCCAAUCCUCCCACUGCCAACAGUUAUCUUGCUGAGGAGAUUAUGAGCCCUACCAGCCGCACGGGCCCUGGUGAUUCAACCAUCCCAUUUUCUAUCCCACUUCACCCGACUCCUAAAACCUAUCGAUCCCAGUCGUACUCCGUGGGCCAAAUGGACCCCGAAUAUUUGAGUAUGAUGGCCAACAAGCAGCCUGGCGCAGCUCACUCCGGUAGCCGUCCUCGAAAUGGCGGGCAAUUUUCUGCACUGCAACACCGUUCGUCUCGCCCUAGUCUCCUUGGAGAACUUGGUCAUGAUCCUGCUAUGCUCGGUCGUGUUCGCGAAGAUGACGAUGAUGAAACCAGCCCCAACGGUUCAGAUGGAGACUAUCAUCAUUCUGUGAACCAAGCACGCACUAUUGAACAGCUGUCAAGAGAAAACGCGUUGCUGCGCCAGGCAGCUGCCGCUGGUCAGAUGGAUAACAGAUUAAGGGACCGUGCUGGGUCAACCGCCUCCAUCAACAGUGGAUACGCCGUCGGUGGUGCUCUUCACAACGUACACCGUAUCCGAGGAAGCGUCCCGGAAGAAGUAGACCUUGCCGUCGAAGACCUCGACGAACUUGGCGACAUUCCUGGAUACAGCAACAUCCGGAACAACCCGAGGCGACGAUUCUCUGAACAUUCUGGCAACCUUGAGAAGCAACUUUCAAACUUCGCAUUGGAAAACCGUGCCCUCGAGAAUGUCAGAAAGGCUCACUGGCAGACUUCACUCGACUUCGGUGGCAUUGCCGACAUCCCACAGAGUCGUAGACACUCAUUUGCUGAUAUUCCCAUCCGCCACUCUUCGAUCAGCUCGGCUGCUGAGACACAGGCAAGUGUCACUCCCCGGCCUAGUUUGGCAGACCGAGGAGACAGCUAUACAGGCAUUGGUGAAGGCCCUCUUCCCAAUACCCAAGGGCAAAAUCGUGAGUUUCAAACCUUUCAUAUGACCCAUCACCCUCACCCCGAGGAGCUUCAAAUGGAGUUGGGAUAUUUACACGCCCGUCAAAUUGCAGAAUCGUACUUUGCCCAUGAGCAGGGCAUUCGCGCCACCGAUGGACCAUCCGUCGUACCCCCUUCCCUUCACCAGGCAUAUACGAUGCCAAAUGCCUACGGUCGCCACCAACCCGGACUCGCCCACCAGAAUCAGCUUCUGUACAUCGUUACCUUCAAGUGCCACCGUGCCGAUGUCUUCUAUAUCCAGGAGGAUACGGGACUUCAAGUGAAGCCUGGCGAUCUCGUUAUCGUCGAAGCCGAUCGUGGCACUGACCUUGGAACUGUUCAACACGCGAACAUCUCGCUGCAAAAGGCGCGGGAGAUGAAGCAGCAAUACGCAGAAGAACAUUACAAAUGGCUGAUGAUGUUCUCUCGACAAGGCCAAAAUGGAGCAUCCAAUGUUGUCAAUGUUUCCGGAAGUGCCUCGGGCUUGAAUGGCAGAAGUGCAAUUGGCGGCAUGGGACCUCAUGGCUCUCACGGGGCGCAGGAGUCUCCUACCGACAUCAAGCCUAAGCUGAUCAAGAGACUUGCCCAGAACCAUGAAAUCAUGACUCUGCGCGACAAGGAAGGUAACGAAGCAAAGGCCAAGCGCGUCUGCCAGCAAAAGGUUGUUGAACAUAGACUCAACAUGGAGAUUCUUGAUGCCGAGUUCCAAAUGGACUGGAAGAAGCUCACUUUCUACUACUUUGCGGACUCGUACAUCAACUUCAAUUCGCUGGUCACCGAUCUAUUCAAGAUCUACAAGACUAGAAUCUGGAUGUCUGCCAUCAACCCGGCAUCCUUUGUCACUCCGCCCUCCGCUGGUCUGCAGCCUACGGGUGGCAUCCCAAACACUCCGCCAUACGGUCAGGAGCCGCACACCGAUCGUCGCCUCCAGCACGACAAUCGGGCCUACGGUGGUGCUCGGGAUGCUAUGGAUGGCAGAGACGUCCUCCCGAACCAAAUGGGCCUGCCGCGGAGUGCCUAUGCGGACCCUUAUCAGUCCUUCAGCCCGGCCCCUCGUCAGCCAGAACCCGGCUUAGGUGGAUUUGCUACUGGUCUGCAGUCUCCCUCAGACCCUUUCUCUCCAUACUCCUCCGGUGGCUAUGGACUGGACUCGGGGUACGUCGAUUAUCCAGUGAACGCUGUUGGCCCAGGUGGUCCCUCUCGUGUUCAUCCAGCAGCAGGUGACUGGACCUCUCGAUUCCAAGGUUUGUCCCUUGGUUCUUGA